AUGGAUGUGCUGGACAACGUGAAUCCAACAAUUUUUGCGGCCGAUGCCGAACGAAUCCCAUCAACAUUCGUCGGUUUUCCCUUCAAGGCAAGAGAACCCAUUGACGCUGCCGAAGUAUUCGGUUAGUCGCCCCUUCGUCUCCUUACUCACAUUUUACCAGAGGUCCACCUUUCAGGUGAUCGUAAAUUUCACUUGUAAACUUUUCUAGGUAGCAGCUUCUUUUUACGACUUGUCUCUUAACAGAGUUAAUUUUAAAGUCACAUACAGGCUUCGAUGUGAAGCACGUUGUUAUUUCUUAAAAUAAGUUUCUGAAUGCAACCCUUUCCGAGUUUCUGCUGCAACUGUCGAAGCUUGUUGCUACUUCUGAGUGGAAGACCAUGACUGUGUAGCCUGUCCCAGUCUUAAAGCCAGGGUUGGUGCGGAAUACAUCUUACGUUUAUGCCUCAGAGGCCGAUCGUCCGCAUUGUUUUACGUUGCGCCCCUUAACUACCACCUACUUUCAGCAAGGCACUUUCGAAUAUUUUAGAGCAAAUAAGGGAUAUUCGAGACCCCGAACACCCGCACUCUCUGGAGGUCCUAGGUGUUGUACGCAAAGAACAAAUCGAAGUCGAUGAUGAACAGGGCAAAGUCCUCGUAUAUUUCACACCGACUAUCUCGCAGUGUAGCCUGGCAACGCUGAUUGGAUUGUCAAUUAAGGUGAAACUCCUCCGCUCGCUUCCAAGCCGCUUCAAAGUAAUUUUUGUCGUGCUGUAUUUUCACUCCUUUUUCGUUCAACAAGUUCAUUGCCUUCCUAAGGACACUACACGUGCAGUAAAAGCUAGCUUUUUUAUUAUAAUACUUAAGGUAAUCAUUGUGUGUGCUUCUUCAACGUCUUGUGCCCUUCAUUUGUAACUCCUGCCUUACCUAAGAGAGCAACAUAAUCUUGUCCAUAAGCUACGAAUUCCCAAACAGCGUGACGCGAGCGCAUAAGGCCUGUUGCGGGGAUGUUUAAGGACAGUCAAGAUGCUAGGGAAGCUUUCAAAAACUAACUGCUCAGAUGGAUGAAGACGGGGAUGUGGCCUUAGGCACUGAGAGGCAGCACAAACCAGAAAAGGGGAAAUGUUUCUGUGGUUGUCUCAAGUAAGACUCACUGUGGAUGCGAACAUCCGAAAAAAACAUUCCCACACCUACCAUCGAACACAUCUACUUUAUGAGUGAAUCACGCAUUUCCGUAGCUGUUUUUUAUGCUUUCCGGACACCCCGUUAUCUUAAUGUAAGGAAAUUUUGUCCUAUGUUGGUGACCAAACACUGUUGGGAGUGCACUUUUUGUCUUUGAGGACAUUUCUGUCCACCAAAAAGCCAGCGGUGCUAGAUAAUUUCUUCGCCAAAAUCGUGACUCGGAAAAAUUCCUGACGGACCAUUGUCAUAGUUGGUCACCAAAACCUAUUACCUUCUCUGUAAUUUUUUUUAAACCUUUCUUAUUUUGCCUUUAAAAUGCUCUUUGUAGAAUGCAGUUUUUAUCCCGGGCUCUGCAUUACAAGUAUGCUUUUAAGUAGACAAUACUGAGAGCGCAUCGCCGCUCUAGUGUAUCGUGGACGUGGAAUUUCGGUGAACUUUUUGCAAUAUCCGGCUUUUCUAAAGCUUUCUCACGAUCACGGAGAACAGACUGCGUCCUUCUACACGUCCCUGAUCUUUUGCGCUUUUGGUUAACGCAGGGGAAUACUGGCAAAACACCUAAAGCCAUCGGAAAUUAUUAAGUGUGCAGUCACUUUGCCAAAUACCUCUAAUUUUUAUCGCUAAAUCUACUGCCUUAGUGACAGUUCUUACACGUCGUAUAAUAAUACUACUUACUAUAUGUUAAUAGAGUUUAAUAUAUCCGUGAGCAUAGUGGCACACUGGCGGCGAGCCAUCCGUCUGUUAAUGUAAACUUUGUUGGUGAUUGCAAAUCGUUAGUGGGCUUCUUAACAGCGGUGGCUUGCCUCUAGAUACAAUAUCUCAUAUUUUGCUGAACCACAUUCAGUUCUUCACAAUAUUGUUAAUGCCAAAAGGUACGUGUUGAAAUCGCAGCCGGCACGCACGAAACAGAACAGGAUAUAAACAAACAACUUGCGGACAAGGAACGCGUGGCUGCCGCAAUGGAGAACCCAAACCUGGCAAAAAUGGUCAACAUCUGUCUCGAGGGAACCUUCUAA